AUGGACGAUGAAGCGAUAAAUUUCAAAAUUUGCAACUUAGUCAACCAGAAAAGAAAAGAAGCAAAGGACACGCGCCUACACUUCUUUGGCCAGAACCAAACACACAAGGAGAAGGCGCAUGCGAAAGUUCUUCAAGCCCAGCAGCCAGUUCACCACCAAGAAGAACACUUCUUGGCAAAGGAGAAAAAAUCGGACGUGCACUUUGCCAUGCUUAAGCCGAAUGACAAGGGGGGGAAAAAGCCAGUCGCUAAAAAGGAUGCUGCUGCUGCUGCUGGACGUGGCGGGGGUGCGCCCCAAGCGAAAGAGGCACCCUUCGAGGAGGAACCCCCCGGGGAAGCGGACAGCGCGAGGCGGGAAGGCACAGUCGAGGAGAGCCGUGCCCAGGAAAAGGACAGUCAACGGGAGGGUCUCCAAAAUGGAGGGCCCCAAAAAGGUGAACCCCAAAAUGGAGGAUCCCAAAAUGGUGGACCCCAAAAUGGUGGACCCCAAAAUUGUGACUUCCAAAGAUGCAGCUCUGCAAACUGCCCCCCGCAUAGCUCUAACGAACCGUGCCGGUGCGCACAAAGCCAUAGUACAGAGAAACAACCCUUUGGAGAAAAAGGGAAAAAAAACAAAAAGGGAACGAACGUAAAUUAUAUAGUACACUACAACAGGUAUAAACCAACCAGGGUACCCCCCACAUUUAGCAAAAGUAAAGGCAACCCCCCAGUGGUAAAAAAAAAUAAAAAUCAGUACAUAAAUUGCAAUUUCAGAUACUAUGUGAAGGAGAAAAAUUACCUAACGCAAAGCGUAGAUGAGCAUAUAAAAUGGGAGCAAAUCGAAAAAGUGGACUACAUAGUGUUUGACAAUACUAAGUUAGCAUGCCCAAUAUGUCUGGAGGACAAAAUAAUUUCUCCAAGAAUUACCAAAUGUAGGCACAUAUUUUGUUUUUUCUGCAUUUUAAAAUAUUUCAUCGACGAAAAUGAUGAAAAUAAAAAAAUGUGGAAAAAGUGCCCCAUCUGUUUCGAAAUAAUAAACGAAAAUGACCUAAGAGCAGUCAAAUUUCACUACGUAAAAAAUUACAGCAUCAAUGAUAGCAUUAGUAUGUGUCUGCUCUACACAGAGGAUAAAAAAAUCCACUUAAAAUCGGAUAGACUAUAUUUCAAUAACAGCUUCAAAGUGACAAAUAAAAAUUUUGUGAAACAUACCAAAACGGGGGAUUAUAAAUAUUUUGUCCAUAUAGAUUAUAUGAAUAAAAAUUUAACUACCUUCAGUCGAAAUCACACAAAUAAAAUUUCCAAAUUAAAUCUCAAUUUGGGUAUUCAAUUUUCCAAACUGUUUUACCUGUACAAUCCUCUCUCCAUAUGGAUAAAAGACCUCCACAUUUUUAACUUCAUUUUGAAGAAUAAGCAGAUGCACUUGGUCGCUUCAGACACGAAUGUCAUUCAGAAGGCUAUUGAAAAUAUUAAGUUAAAAAUCAGCGAAUAUUUAAAUAUUCCCAUUGAAAGGAUGAAUCCCGAGCUCAAUUUGGACGAGCGCUCCUUCGACUCCUUUUACCUUUAUGACAACUUGGCCCACGACGUUUACCUGGCCAAGAACCAGAAAUCGCCCGUGGAGGAGAAAUGCCCACUCGAUGGAGAGAAGCCCGCCGACGAGGGUUCCCCGGACUUGAAGCAUUUAAACCAGACCUACUUCUACCAGUGUAUAGACGGGCAGUGCAUUUUCCUGGACCCCUUCAUUUUGAACCUACUCUUCUUCGAGUGCGACAACUACAUGAACAGGAUGCCCAAGUUUCUCUGCAACAGGCAAAUCACCUACAUUGAGACCUUCGAGCUGGAUGAAAAAAUCAGAAAAAGGCACGCCAUUUUGUCCCACCUGCCGCUUGGCGUCAACGUCCUGUUCGUUUCGUUCAACAUAGAUGAUCUCUUAUCGGAAAGGACCAAAACGCAUUUUUCGAAGGAAAUAUCUGAGAGGAAGAAGAAGCACCACUCGAUUUUGAGGAAAAAAAUGAAGGAGGAAAAAUAUUUUAAACUACUAGCGGACGAAGAAAUAGACAGGAAGGAAAAGCGCUACUGGAAUUUGCCCAACAACACGAUAAACAUACAGAGCGAUACUAUUAGCAUAAGUUCUGGCAUGUUAAGGCACCCAAACCUGUUGGACGAAGAAAAAUACCUUCACGGGGAACUGGACGGCGACUGGGUGGUAAAACAAAACGAAUGCGCGUUUGUAGAGCAUCUUUUCGCGAAUGUAAAUUGGGAUAACCAACCGGGGGGAACUAGCACAGGGGGGAGGCAAAAAAGUGGGCUAAAAAGGGGACCAAAAAAUGGGUUAACUGGGGCAGCCGGGUCAAAUGGGCCAUCCGGGCCAACUUGGCCAAAAAAGGACCCCCCCGUAAACAGGGACAACGCAGCCGACCCAAACGUCUGCCACAUUCCGAAGAGAAGCUUUCUCGAAAUAGCGAAACAGAAAAGCGACGCGGGUGACGUUAAAUCAGAAAUGGGGAAAAAGAAGGAAGAACAGUUGUCCAUUGGCUCCGGAUCGGUUCACGUCAAUUUGAUUGAUUUAAUAAACACCAAAACGGCUAAAAAGAAGAAGAGAAAAUAG